GCCGCUCGCACACUGCUGGGCCUCGGAGCCGGCCUGCGCCUCCCUCCGCUCCGGCGGGCCUCGGGGAGAGAGAGGGGUGGAAGAUGUCUAUGGAUGUGACCUUUCUUGGGACAGGAGCAGCAUAUCCAUCACCGACCCGUGGCGCCUCUGCAGUGGUUCUUCGGUGCGAGGGCGAGUGCUGGCUCUUUGACUGUGGGGAGGGAACACAGACCCAGCUUAUGAAAAGCCAGCUUAAAGCAGGGAGAAUUACCAAGAUCUUCAUCACACAUCUCCAUGGCGACCACUUCUUUGGCCUUCCAGGCCUCCUCUGUACCAUCAGCCUGCAGAGUGGCUCUGUGGUCGCCAGGCAGCCUAUUGAGAUCUACGGCCCCGUCGGGCUUCGGGACUUUAUCUGGAGAACCAUGGAGCUCUCUCACACGGAGUUGGUUUUUCCUUACGUGGUUCACGAGCUAGUUCCUACAGCUGACCAGUGUCCUGUAGAAGAACUGAGAGAAUUUGCACACAUGGAUGAAGCAGACAGCUCUCCCAAAGGACAAGGACGAACUAUCUUGCUAGAUGCAGAAGAAAACUCAUACUGUCUGGUUGAUGACGAGCAGUUUGUGGUAAAAGCAUUUCGCCUCUUUCAUAGAAUUCCAUCCUUUGGCUUUUCAGUUGUGGAAAAGAAGCGUGCUGGUAAACUCAACGCACAGAAGCUGAGAGAUCUCGGUGUGCCACCAGGUCCUGCCUAUGGGAAGCUGAAAAACGGGAUUUCUGUUGUUUUGGAUAAUGGAGUUACAAUUUCUCCCCAAGACGUCUUAAAAAAGCCUAUGGUUGGAAGAAAAGUUUGCAUCCUGGGUGACUGUUCCGGGGUUGUGGGUGACGGGGGCGUGAAGCUGUGCUUUGAGGCCGACCUGCUGAUCCACGAGGCCACUCUGGAUGAUUCCCAGAUGGACAAAGCGAGAGAGCACGGCCACAGCACGCCGCAGAUGGCAGCGGCGUUUGCAAAGCUGUGCCGUGCCAAGAGGCUAGUUCUGACCCACUUCAGUCAGAGGUACAAACCAACCGCCUUGGCUAGAGAAGGGGAGGCAGACGGCAUCGCGGAACUGAGAAAGCAAGCUGAGGCCGUGUUAGAGCUCCAAGAAGUGACUCUAGCAGAAGAUUUUAUGGUGAUCGGCAUUCCGAUCAAGAAAUGAAACCCGCGCUCCUGAGUGCAUUAAUGAGGACGUGGGAUGGAUGGAUUACCAGACCUGCACCACAGAUUUUGUGUUGUGGGUUGUGAGUGAUUUUUUUUUCUUAAAAUUACUUUGGCCCUAACAAUCCUAAAGAUGGAGCUGGAUUGCCGAGCUGACUCAGUAGUGAGAGGGAACAAGAUUUUGAAUGAUGAGUCAUUUUUAAAAGAUGAAAAAUUUAAAUGAUUUAAAAUUUAAAUUUUAGGUGAUGAACAACCCUUCUUAAAGUGCAGUUGUGACAAAACAAUGCAUGUGCAGGGGCCUUACUCUGUGGCUGCUGCUACAGAGAGAAUUCCACACUCUGGGCAGUGUUAGACUUAGCUUUGCCGAGCUCAGUUGCCAUUGUUGGCAAAGUAUAUAAGACUGGGUCCUCUUGGCUAGAAACCGGGAGCAGAGUUUGCAUAGAGUUUGUGUUCCUGACACAGAGAUAAACGUUCAGGCAAUACACAUGCAGUAUUGAUAACGUGGUGGUGCUUUCGCCAGAAUGGACAGUACAGGUUUGGACUAAGUUUUAUCUUAGCACUUUGUUCAACAUUCUGGUUUCUUUUAGCACAUGGUCCUGGGUAGUCUACUGAGAAUGAAUUAGAUACCGUAGGAUUGGUUUUCCUGUUGCAGUGACAGAGGGGAGAUGGUAACAGCACAGUAGAUUAGUCAGUGGGGGUCAGGAAUGCCAUAUAUGCUGCACAGUUUGCGUUAGUCCUGCGUAAUAAUUACCUCAAAGUUCUAGGCCUGUUCAGAGACACAAAUUCCACCUUUUAUUCCCAAUGUGAAUAUGCGCUGCCAAAGUUAAUGCUGUAAUGGAUUAGUAGAUGAGCCAAAUCCUCCAAUAGGAGGCAGAGGAUGGGCGUGCUGGAAUUGGAUGCCGCAUCAGGUAGUAUUUGGAGACAUGAGCCAUCAAGUGAAUCUUACAGAUGUGGAGAGAGACAGUCACCCUCUCCCCAGGGAGCGUCUGCCUCAGGCCUGGUGGUCCCGGAGCUGGAUAGAGAGCUGCUGCCUCUGCUUCCAGAGACCAAGUUAGGAGGUCAGAGUGGCCCUGACGCUGCACUGCCAAGCAGCCUGGGUGAUUCUCAAAGACAUGAGUAUUGAACUAGCCUAGGAGAAAAAAAUUGUCUUUUUUUUCUAUGUAUUUAAAUUGAGGGUAUAUAUAUUUUAUAGAUUCUUAUAUAUAUAUGUUUGUGUAUUAUAUACUUUAUGCAUGGAUAUUUUUACAUGAAGGCUGACCUCCCUCCACUAUUUUCCUAAAGCAAAAUAAAGAUAUUUUAUUGGACAAAUAAAAGCUAGGAGUUUAUUAUCAGAAAAUCCUCUGUAAGAAAUUCUGAGGCAUUAUUUUGGCACAAUAAAAAUAAUGUUGGAAGGUUGACAAACCAUAAAGGGGCAAAGAGAUGGGUGUUGAGAAACACUGACUACAGUGCCUACCGACAAGUCCAGACCCACGCUCUCAUUAGCAAGUCUCUCAAAGUGUGAGACUUAAUGUAAUUUAGAGUUGUAUCAUUUAAUAAUGUCUUUAUCUUAGAGUGCUGAGGUUGGUUUGCGUGAGUAGAAGGAAACUGACAAGAAGUCAAACUUCUUAUGUUCAGGUCUCUAUCUCCAAGGAGUUAGUUCUUUCUCGUUCUCUCUGUAUUACAGAACAUCUUAGGCAUGGUGGCACAAGCCUGUUACCUUGCCAUUUGCGAGGCUAAGGCAGGAAAAUAGGAGCCCAGGCUACAUAGUAGGACUUUAUCUUUUGAAAAAGACAGAAAAAAGUAAAUGUGACUUGUAACAUAUCUCAUCUCCAUUCAGAUUCUUCACUGCCCAUAGGAGUGGCCUGCUAUAGUACUCUAUUGAAGACAUGACUUCAUCAACUUAAAAACCUAAGUCCUACCCUCUCUUUCACCUCUCCCUGUUUUUAACAAGGUCUCGCCGUGCAGCCCAAAGUGGCCCCAAGCUUCAAGCACUCCUGCUCAGGAGCUGGGCUUAUAAACAUGCAUUUGUAAUCUGCCAUAGUGUUUUGAAUAAUUCUUUCCCAAGAAAAGUUUAUAGUUUUUAGGCUGAGAGUGUAGCCUGGUGGGAAGCACUGGCUUAGUUUUGGUCUGCGGUAUAGAAAGGAAGGAUGAUUAUUGCCUCCUAGCGCUAAUAUCCUUCUUAUGUCUUUAAGUUAAUACAGAGAAUCCAACUCUUUUGUUUCUCUGAACAUUCUGAUGUCAGCUUGAAAUUUUGCUACUUUUUCUUUUUUUUUUUGUUUUUGUUUUUGUUUUUCGAGACAGGGUCUCUCUGUAUAGCCCUGGCUGU